UGGGGAACACGUGGGGGUGGCGGCGCCGGGAGCGGGAGGACCGGAGUCCCGGGGAUUGAGCACAGUCAGAGCGGCCUAGAGAGGCGCCAACCUUGGCCUCCAGCCAGAGCAGCGGCCGGGCACCUCCUCUUGAAGCCGGUCUCCCCCGAUGAGUGACGAGGCCCCACGAUGGCUCUGAGGUUCCGUACAAUUUUUCCUUAUACCCUCCCUGGGGUGCUGGCCCUUAUUGGUUGGUGGUGGUACAUCACCAGAAAGAAAAGAGGUCGAGAAAGCAGCCACAGCAAAGCAAAGCUCCCCGCUGCACCAGAAUCAAUCACCAAGGCUGGAGGUGAGCAUCAUGUGGCUGCGGACAAUCAUCAGGAUUUUAGUACAGUGGCUGAAUUAACGCAGGCCAGAAAGAAAAACCAGGGUGAAAGCAUAGUCAAGCCACUGGAAUUGGUGCCGGCUGUACAGGUUGAAGCUUUAGAGCAGUCAGAUACGACUGCGAGCAGCUUGUGUCUGUUGAAGGAUGGCCUUGAAGCCAACGUGGAGAAGGAUGCUCGACAGGUGCUUCUGGACCCUUCGCCCCGAUCUCAAGAGGUUCUGUUCAUGUCCAAUGUGCAAGGUCCCCUCCAGACAUCACCCAAGGUCGAGAAGGAAAGCUACCUCCAUCAAAUGAUGGAUAAAAUCAGCAUUGACCCCAUGGAUACCCGGCAGCCUUCAGUCUGCACCCUGGUUAAAUCCCCCACUCCUUUCCCUGUUCCAAGCUCCUCCGUUAGCUUAGAAGCAGAAGGGGAAAAGGACAACGUUUUACCAAACCUCAGUUCGGCCGCUUCUACAGAAUGCGAGCAGCCGGUGCCCGAUCGUCACAGCAUGGAAAGGCCUGAACCAGAGGGUGAAAAUGCCGGCAAUCUGUCAGAGCCCCCCUGCUUCAAGAGCACACUUAGCAAUGUAAGCAUCAGCCCAUUUUUGAUUCCAGCUGGUCUUUGCCAAGAGUCCGAGCAGGAAAGCCAAUCGCUUAAAGAAGCUUCCUUCACCAAAAAUGGCUUGCCUGCAGAUUCGACUGGAAAAGCUGUUGACCUGGAUGCGAUUGAGGAGGCAGCUGCUGGUUUGAUCUCGGAGGUCAUAACAGCAGCGAAGCAGGAACUCUACUCUUCACAGUUUGAUCCCUGUGCGGUAGGGGUGUGUGGAGCUGGAGAGACAGGAGGCAAGUUAGUAAAUCCCACUGUCGAUAUGCCUGUAUUAUCUCAAACUGAAGAUUCUCAGGGCAGCGAGCAAGUAGUUGAAGUGAGGCAGGCCAGUGAAAAGAAUCACUCUCUGUCUGAGACAGAUGUCACCCCGAAGGUGGUACUCCCGAAGGAGGGGGCUGUUGGAGAUUUUACCAAAUUGGAUUGUGAGCAUGAACGACACCAGUUCGCUGCAGAACUUCCUGCUUCCGUUGUGUCCAGGAAGCCUUUGGAAGAAGCCAACCUGAUAGCAGAGGACUCUGGCUGCCACUCAGAGGAUGGGGCUGGUGGGGAGGACCUAUCAGGACUCAGUGUGACUUUACACAGCCUAGUAAAUCACGAAGAUGCUUUGAAUAAUUGCAUGGUGACCAGAGUUAACUCUGAACCGAGCUGCGAGGAAAAGCUUACGGAGCCCAAAAUGGCACCGAGAGAACCUGGUGCAAAAGGGAGUGUCCCAAGGGACUGUAUUAUAGCUGCACACAGGGACAAGAGUCAGACCUUCACUGAGGAGCUGCAACCUGCUACAAAUGAGCCUUCGGAGGAGUUGAAUGCAACAGCAGAGGAUUCUGGUUGCAGUGUUUGCCACUCAGAUGGGUCAGGAGGAGAAGACCUGUUGCAUACGACGGUAGCACAUACGCUUGAAAAUCAGAAAACAGAUGCACUACAUAACUCUCUGACUGGAAGAAGCUCCCUUGAGCAGGAUCCAAAACACAGGCGCAGACCUCUGGGGCAGCAGGGGACUAAAUUGACAUAUGCCAAUGGCGGGCGAGCAGAAGAAGGUGCCGAUGGGAAUGCCCAAAUGCUGCUUGAAAUGGAGUUUGAUCAUUCUGGAGGUUCUGAUGUAAAUAGUAUGGAUUCAAAUGACAGCGGAUGCACUGCAGGUGGAGCAGAGGGUCAGAGCAAGGAUGGGGCUGGUUUGGACACAACACCAGACAAAACUGAGCUCACCAUCUGGGAGAUACAAGUACCAAAGCAUCUGGUCGGACGGUUAAUUGGCAAACAAGGAAGAUAUGUGAGCUUCUUGAAACAGACCUCUGGUGCCAAGAUUUACAUAUCCACACUGCCUUACACACAAGAUUUUCAAAUCUGCCAUAUAGAAGGGAAUCAACAUCAGGUAGAUAAAGCACUUAACCUGAUUGGAAAGAAGUUUAAGGAACUGGAUCUUGGGAAUCUAUAUGUCCCCCCUCCUCCUCUGACACUACCCUCAUUACCGAUAACUUCAUGGCUCAUGCUUCCAGAUGGUGUGACCGUUGAUGUGUUGGUGGUGAAUAUCGUGAAUGCUGGCCACAUGUUUGUACAGCAGCAUACACACCCUACGUGCCAUGUACUACGCAACAUGGAUCAACAAAUGUUCCUCCUCUACUCUCAGCCAGGAAUCCCGACACUAACGCCUCCGUUAGAAGUUGGAAUAAUCUGUGCAGCUCCUGCAGUUGAUGGUGCCUGGUGGCGUGCACAAGUUGUUGCCUAUUUUGAGGAGACAAAUGAAGUUGAAAUCCGAUAUGUUGAUUAUGGUGGCUAUGAACGAGUUAAAAUUGAAGCACUACGGCAAAUCAGGUCUGAUUUUGUAUCACUACCUUUCCAAGGGACCGAGGUCCUGCUAGACAAUAUAAUGCCCCUCCCAGGUGAGGACCAUUUCUCAGAAGAAGCGAACACUGCAAUGGAUGAAAUGACACGUGGUGCCGCUUUGCUUGCACAGGUAACUGGUUAUGACAACACUGGCGUGCCUCUAAUAAACUUGUGGAGUAUAGUCGGUGAUGAGGUGCUGUUUUUAAACCGAAUUCUGGUGGAGAAAGGACACGCGCAGUGGAUAGAAAACUAUUAGUUGCCUGAGGCCCUUUUCUAAACUCAUUUUGCACUGCAUUGUAAUUCAAUCAUUUGCUAGCUGUGCGGACGUGUAUAUAAGUCACUGUAUUAAUAUUUUGUAAGAUCUCACUGGAGUACAUAAAGGGAACUUUUUCAGAAAAAUUAUGGAGUUUAAUAGGUAAGUGAUUGUUACUCAGUUAAAGUCAUGUCUGAUCAAUUUGGUAUUUAAGAAACAAAAAACUUAAUUGUCAUUGUACAGAAUAGUUUUGCUAGAUUACUUGAAUGGAAUGAUAUUGUGAUCAAUGAACUCUUGGCUACUUGGUUGUACAGAUCUGUAAAAAGUAUCAAGAAAAACUGACAGAACUGAGCUUGUGUGGUGGUUUUUUUCUAAUUAUAAUUUGAAGCUUC